AUGGCCGAACCUACCACUGAACCACUUGCGACUGUCGCUGAGACUGACGAAAUCCCCAAGACCAAAGAGAAGCUAUCAGAGCUGUCGCAAGUCGCCUCUAUCCACUACUCUACCAAGAACUUUCCCGCCGCUGCAGAGAACUAUGCCAAUGCUGUCGAGAUUCAAGCCGAGCUCAAUGGCGAGAUGGCGCCCGAGAACGCCGAAUUGCUUUUCUACUACGGGCGCGCAUUAUACAAAAUUGCAGUUGCCAAAAGCGACGUGCUAGGCAACAAAGUUGCACAAGAGGAGAAGAAGAACAAGCAGCCGAAACCGAAGAAGGCUGCAAAGACAGAGACAGCUGAAGGCUUGAGUGCUGCAAAGAGCGAACCCAAGACAGAAUCGGUAGAGAACAAGCCAUAUUUCCAGCUUCAGGGUGACGAAAACUGGACCGAUUCCGAAGAUGAAGAUGAAGAGACACAGGACGGCGAGCAAGAGGAGGAGGACGACGACUUUGGUAACGCAUACGAGAUCUUCGAGCUAGCUCGCGUCCUGUACGAAAAACAACUACAGGCACUCAAGGAAGGUGAAUCUGAAGACAAGGGCAAAGGAAAGGCAGAGUUGAGUCCUCGUGAGCGCAUCAUCAAGGAGCGGAUUGCCGACUGUCACGGCUUCCUUGUCGAGAUCUCACUAGAAAACGAGCGCUUCCAUGAUGCUGUAGCAGACGCUCGCAAAUCGCUUGCACUGCAAGAGGAACUGUAUCCUUUUGAACACGAAAACGUCACAGAAGCACACUACUCGCUUUCACUGGCGCUCGAGUUUGCAUCUGUAUCCAAGGUCCGCGAAGACCAGACUGGACAAUCAACAGAUGCGCCUCCAGAGGCGGAGCAAGGAAAGGAAGACGAAGACGGCGUCAACUGGGAGUUACGGAAGGAAGCUGCUGAACAGACCGACCUCGCCAUCCAGAGUCUGGAGGCGAGACUUAAAAAGGAAGAAGCUGCGCUCGACUCGGACGCACUGAAGCCAGAGCAAAAGAAGGAAAAGCAAGUCAUCAUCAAUGAAAAAAAGGGCAUGUUAGAGGACCUCAAGACACGCCUUGUAGAUCUCAAGUCGGACCCCACAAAGCAACAAUUCGACAGCAUUGACUCGUCAGUCUUCCAGGGCUUGCUAGGUGGAAUGAUGGGUGCGGAUGCUGCAACCCAAAAAGCAAAGCUCGCCGAAGCGGCCAAGAACGCAAACGAUGUCUCGGGCAUGGUAAAGAAAAAGGCCAAGCCAGCCGCACCAGCGGCAACGUCCGGAUCAAAAGAUGCAGGUAGCAGUAAAAGGAAACUCGAGGUUGAUGAUAGUGGCGCGGACGAAAAGAGGGCAAAGACUGAGGAGCCAUGA